AGAGAGAAAGGCUUUGUCAUACGGUAGCUUCAUCUUUCCUUUCCAUUUUGCUGUUUUUGUCCCCUUGUCCCUUCCAGAAAGCAGCUCCGGUUAUCGGCUCCUCCUGCAAUGAUGCACCGACGGGGGGUCGGGGCUGGAGCCAUCGCCAAAAAGAAGCUGGCAGAGGCCAAAUACAAGGAACGUGGGACAGUUUUGGCAGAAGACCAAUUAGCUCAGAUGUCCAAGCAGCUGGACACAUUUAAAACUAACCUUGAAGAGUUUGCCAGCAAACACAAACAAGAGAUCCGUAAAAACCCGCAGUUCAGAGUCCAGUUCCAGGACAUGUGUGCAACGAUUGGUGUGGAUCCACUAGCCUCUGGUAAAGGUUUCUGGUCUGAAAUGCUAGGUGUUGGCGAUUUCUACUACGAGCUUGGGGUCCAGAUUAUUGAAGUCUGCCUGGCUCUGAAGCACAGGAACGGAGGAUUAAUAACGCUGGAGGAGCUUCAUCAGCAAGUGCUGAAAGGCAGAGGAAAGUUCGCUCAAGAUGUCAGCCAGGACGACCUCAUCCGAGCAAUUAAAAAGCUGAAAGUUCUAGGGAAUGGCUUUGGGAUCCUUCCUGUUGGUGGAACCUACUUGAUCCAGUCUGUGCCCGCUGAAUUGAACAUGGAUCACACUGUUGUGAUACAGCAUGCUGAGAAAAAGGGGUACGUGACCAUCAGUGAAAUCCAAUCUAGUUUGAAAUGGGAAGCGCAACGGGCCAAGCAGGUGCUGGACCACUUGUUGAAAGAAGGCAUGGCCUGGCUUGAUACACAAGCAUCAGAAGAACCACAGUAUUGGCUCCCUGCCCUCUUCACAGAGCUUUACUCUCAGGAAAUCACACCAGAAGAAGCAAAAGAAGCUUUGCCCUAACCAAGAUGGAAACAGGAUCACCUGAGCUUAAUUAAACAGAAUGGUACUAUUGCUGGUUGUUAAGCAAAUGGGGGGAAAGUUGAGUUGUAUCUAAUUCCUUGUAAAAUUAAAGAAAAAAGAUCUUGUA